UUGCCUGCCACUGCUCUACGAAUCCCACGUUCCUGUCUGUCUGCUUUCACCUUCUUUACAGUUCUUGAAUUCUCGAUUUCUUUCUUCAUUAUUGUGCUGCUUUGCUGUUUGAUCAUAAAUACGAACUCCGGGUAUUUCUUUCUGGUGUUCUCUCCGUUUCUCUGGGCUUAAACCUAAAACAAAACGAAAAUUGUUUGAUAUCAGAGAAAAGAAAAGAAAACUCAAAGAUGUCAAGCUCCAACCCUAUUUAUGCACCAGAACAACUCUGUUACAUUCCUUGCAACCUUUGCAACAUGAUUCUCGCGGUGAAUGUUCCAUGCAGCAGCUUGUUUGAAACCCUGACAAUUCGAUGUGGGCAGUGCUCCAAUCUGUGUUCAAUAAACAUGGCCGCUUCCUUUCAAUCGAGAGCUGGGAAAGAUAUUCAGGUGCCUAAGUAUACCUCGUCAGAGUAUAGAAUUGAGUUAAGCUCCUCUUCCAGAGUCAAGACGAAGCUUCCAAAGCGACCAACAACAACCGUUCAACAAAGGGUUGUGAAUCGACCUCCUGAAAAGAGGCAUAGAGCACCUUCGUUGUACAAUCAGUUCAUCAAAGAGGAGAUUCAAAGGAUCAAGAUGAACAAUCCUGAUAUCAGCCACAGGGAAGCAUUUAGCACUGCUGCCAAGAAGUGGGCACGAUUCCCUCACAUUGAUUUUGGACUCAUGUUGGAGACUGAUGAUCAACCCAAGCUGAAUGAUGCAAGCCUCGACCGAGCAUUUCCAGCAACUGCUCAAGUAAAAAUGGGUAUUUCGUUUUCGAAGAUGAUUGCAGUGACAUAUGUGUUUCUCUAUCUGUUUGUGUGUUGGUUGGAUGUGAAAGGAUUUUAUUAUAUUUGAAGGCCGAAUGAACUUAUAUUUGCUUGUUUUUAUUAGGGCUUGAACAGCUUGCUUUUAUC